AUGGCCUCGCCGACCACCCAGACGGCCAAUGCCAUUGCCGCAAUCACCAACAAGUCCAAAAUCACCAUCCCUACCAUCGACUUCACCCAGCACACCCUCGAGAAUGGCGAGAUUGUGUCCACCACGGAACGCGUGGUCAAGGAUGUCCAGGCUCCCGCCAUGUAUCUUCCCAGCGACGACCAGUUCUGGUCCAAGCAGGACCGUUCCAAGCCUGACAUUGCCUUCCUCAAGAACCACUUUUACCGCGAAGGCCGUCUGACCGAGGAGCAGGCGCUCUACAUUCUUGAGAAGGGUGGCGAAAUACUGCAUGCCGAGCCCAACCUCCUCGAGGUUGAUGCCCCCAUCACUGUGUGCGGUGACAUUCACGGCCAAUACUAUGACCUCAUGAAGCUGUUCGAGGUUGGUGGCAACCCCGCCGACACUCGCUACCUCUUCCUCGGCGACUAUGUGGACCGUGGCUACUUUUCCAUCGAGUGUGUGCUCUACCUCUGGGCGCUCAAGAUGUGGUACCCCGACACCCUCUUCCUCCUCCGCGGUAACCACGAGUGUCGUCACCUGACAGACUACUUUACCUUCAAGCUCGAGUGCAAGCACAAGUACUCGGAGACUGUCUACAACGCGUGCAUGGACUCGUUCUGCAACCUUCCCCUUGCCGCAAUCAUGAACAAGCAGUUCCUCUGCAUUCACGGUGGUCUGUCGCCCGAGCUCCACACGCUCGACGACCUGCGCGCGGUCAACCGUUUCCGCGAGCCCCCAACCCACGGUCUCAUGUGCGACAUUCUCUGGGCCGACCCGUUGGAGGACUUUGGCAACGAGAAGAACCCGUCGGACAACUUUGUGCACAACCACGUCCGCGGUUGCUCGUACUUCUUCACCUACAACGCCGCGUGCCAGUUCCUUGAACGCAACAACCUGCUCUCGAUUAUUCGUGCGCACGAGGCCCAGGACGCUGGUUACCGCAUGUACAAGAAGACCAAGACUACGGGCUUCCCCUCGGUCAUGACCAUCUUCUCGGCCCCCAACUACCUCGACGUCUACUCGAACAAGGCCGCUGUCCUCAAGUACGAGGCCAACGUCAUGAACAUUCGUCAGUUCAACUGCACCCCGCACCCGUACUGGCUGCCCAACUUCAUGGACGUGUUCACCUGGUCGCUCCCCUUCGUUGGCGAGAAGAUCACGGACAUGCUCAUUGCCAUUCUCAACUGCUGCACCAAGGAGGAGCUCGAGGAGGAAGAGGAGACGCCAAUGAUCACCCCGGAGACUCCCGAGGUGGAGGGCGAGGUGUCUGCCGAGAGGAGACAGAUCAUCAAGAACAAGAUUCUCGCUGUUGGCCGCAUGUCGCGCGUCUUCUCGCUGCUGCGUGAAGAGUCGGAGCGUGUGUCCGAGCUCAAGAGCCUUACUGGGUCAAACACGCUGCCCGCUGGGCUGCUGGCCAACGGUGCCGAGGGUAUCAAGGAGGCGAUCCAGGGCUUUGACGAUGCUCGCAAGUCGGACAUUGAGAACGAGCGCCUGCCGCCUGACAUUAUCGACCCCGAGGAGGUCAGCUUGUCGUCGCCAGCGGCGACUGCGCCCCCAUCCCCCGUCUCCCCCUCGUCGCCGAUGGAGUCGAUCCCCCCUUCGCCCAUCUCGCCCUCGACCCCCGGUGGUAUGCCCUGGAGGCGCGGCCACGGCCGCCAGGCCUCGCUUGGUACCACCAAGACGUCGCCUUCCACCCGUCGCCGUUCGCUGGAGAACACAAUGGAGCUCAUCCGCGACGUUGUCGAUGGCAAGGACGCCAACGCCGACUCGAACGUCCGCGAGCUUGCCGAGGUCAUCUCGAGCCCCGUCCGUAGCCGCCCCGAGAACUCAUUCGCGUAA